CACCUGUGGAGGCUGAGUAUAAUCAGGUAAUUGCUGCUGCAGGUCCGGUUUCUGCUCUGCGGCGAAGCGGCUGAUGUGACACCGUUUCAGGCUGUAUUACAGAAGUAUAACCGCGAACAAGACGCCUGGAAGUAAAUUAUAACAACUUACGGCGGACAUACUGCGGACAGCUGCCUUGUUAUUGAGUCACUUCAUCAUUAUCUGCCAAGCUCAGCUGUCAUGAAUCCCGCAACCAGCAGACACGAUACAGACACGCCAGAGCGCCACACCCCCCAGGCUUCGUCUUCUUCAUCAGAAAUGGGAGGAAGUGGACAAACGGGAGGUUUGUAUCUAAAUGCCUAUGAGGUCUCGUUUCCCCUCGAAGAGAGUGUGGAGCGCCCAGCUGCCUACCACCUGAACCAGGGUCAGCAGAUGAUUGAAGAGCCAGUGGUACAGGAGUCCCUUCACUCCCAGUACAGCCCUUUCAUCCUGAUUUCUAACCUGCGGGCUCACCUCUACGUCUCGCUGGAGAAGAACGCCUGGCUGCAGAAACGCAUUGAGGAGCUGGAAGAGGAGCGAAACUUCCUGCGCUGUCAGCUGGACCGCUUCAUCGUCAGCAUGAGGAGUCCAGAUGUGGCAGACUGGUCUGGAGAAGCCCAGCGUGCUGUGAAAGUCCAGCCUGCCAGCUCUCCAUCUCCUCCUUCCCCGAUGACCACCAGGUCGGGGAUGACCCUCAAACGCCUCCAGGGCCCCGGAGCUCGGAUCCGCCGCAACAUCGCUGUCCCUGUCAAACAGGAGUUUCAUCUUGAAGAAGACAAAUAUUACACAGAGGAAGAGUUUGUUGAGGAAGAGGGGGAAGAAGAGGUGGAGGAUGAUGCAGACUCGACUGUGGAGAGCGGGUCAAAGAAGAAGAGCCGAGGGCGUGGCACCGGAGAGCCGAAGAUGAAGAUGAGGAGGAUCUUCAGGAUCACGCAUGGGAGGGAGAGGCAAAGAGUUAAAGACCCAGAUGGUGUUCUGAUUCGUUACAAGAAGAUCCUGUCCACAUACCAGCGGGUGAGGAGCAUGUCCAGAGCCUUCCAGAUCCACGGAGUCGACCGAAACACGAUGGCCUCCACCUCCCCGAUCGCAGAGCUCCUGCUUGUGGCCCCAGAAAAGGUGUUAAUGUCACUUUUAUGACUAGAGCAGCAGGCAGAUCUAAAUAUUUUCUAUUAAUCAAAAAUUCUCUGGGUUCCCUGAAGGCUUUUCCUUGGAUUUUGGUUGCUUUACAUUUUCAGUAUUUGAAUGGACUUUCUUUUCGGUUUUAAAACUUUUAACAUUGUUUAAAUAAGUGAUGAAGAAAAUAACCUAUAACAUCAACAAAUUCACAUGAAAUAUAAUGUUUUUAUGGGUUUGUAUUUCAGCUCAUCAGAAACUGUAAGAAGUUAUUAUGUUUAUGCAAGAUAAAAACAUUCAAGCCAGAUGGGCUCUCUGCCUUCAACAGGUCAUUGAUUUAGGACAUAGAUUGACCUUGUUUGAUAAUUUUCCUGCUGUAUUUCUACAACUGGUCUA